AUGUUAUUUUUCUCGCUUCCAGACAAUCUAAAUGACGCCUUGGCCAAGCUGAAACUCGCGUCCGCAGACAGCGCCUCGGACAGCGUGGAAAAUUGCUUGGACUGCCUCCUGAAAGCCCUCGCGAGCAGCAACACGGAGGCUAGCAUGAAGAUCCAGGAGAUGGGCGUUCUUCCCCUGCUGCCUACCCUGCUAAGCCCUCAGUCGUCCUGUACCCCCAAAGUGGCUAACGUCAUCGCAGAGGUGGCCAAAAACGAGUUCAUGAGGAGUCCCUGCGUGGAAGCCGGCCUUAUCCCGCCGCUCGUUCAGCUGUUGAACUCCACCGAUCAGGAAGUCCUACUGCAAACGGGACGGGCCCUCGGCAACAUCUGUUACGACAGCCAUGAGGGCAGGAGUGCCGUUGACCUGGCAGGAGGGGCUCAGAUAGUAGCCGAACACAUUAAAAGCCUCUCCCAAAAUACAGAGCCGGCAAAUGAGAAGCUCUUGACAGUCUUUUGUGGCAUGCUGAUGAACUAUAGCAAUGAUAAUGAUUCCCUCCAAGGCCAGCUGAUCAGCAUGGGCGUCAUCCCUACUCUGGUGAAACUCCUGGGCAUCCAUUCCCAUAACGCCGCCCUGACCGAAAUGUGUCUCAUCGCCUUCGGGAAUUUAGCAGAGCUCGAAUCCAGCAAGGAGCAGUUUGCCUCCACCAACAUCGCCGAGGAGCUGGUGCGGCUUUUCCGGAAGCAAGCGGAACACGAGAAGAAAGAGAUGAUAUUUGAAGUCUUGGCUCCUUUGGCAGAAAACGAUGUGAUCAAGUUGCAGAUGGUUGAGGCGGGGUUAGUGGAAUGUCUCCUGGAGGUGGUGGCCCAGACCGUGGAUGGUGAGCGGGAGGAGGACGUGGCCCAGCUGAAGACCGCCUCGGACCUCAUGGUGCUCCUGCUCCUCGGAGACGAGUCCAUGCAGAAGCUGUUUGAGGGUGGAAAGGGUAGCGUCUUCCAGAGGGUGCUUUCCUGGAUACCGUCGCACAACCACCAGCUGCAACUGGCCGGUGCUCUUGCCAUUGCUAAUUUUGCCCGUAAUGAUGGAAACUGCAUCCACAUGGUAGACACUGGUAUCGUACAGAAGCUUUUGGAGCUGUUGGAUCGGCACAUCGAUGAAGGCAAUGUCACUGUUCAACACGCAGCUCUCAGUGCACUUCGGAAUCUGGCCAUACCUGUUGUGAACAAAUCCAAGAUGCUGUCAGCCGGAGUGGCGGAUGUUGUUUUGAAGUUCUUGCAGUCAGAGAUGCCGCCGGUCCAGUUUAAACUGCUGGGGACCUUACGCAUGCUCAUCGACACACAAGUGGAAGCAGCAGACCAGCUUGGGACCAAUGCCAAAUUGGUGGAGCGGCUGGUGGAGUGGUGUGAAGCCAAAGAUCACGCCGGGGUGAUGGGCGAGUCCAAUAGGCUCCUCUCCGCUCUCAUUCGACACAGCAAAUCCAAGGAAGUGGUCAGGACCGUCAUCCAAGGAGGUGGAGUCAAACACUUAAUAACCAUGGCAACUAGUGAACACAUGAUCAUGCAGAACGAAGCACUGGUGGCGUUGGGGCUCAUCGCGGCACUCGAUUUGGUUGCUGCCGAGAAGGACUUUGUGGGCGCCGACCUGGUGGCUGUGCUUCACAAGCUUUUAUCGGACGAAAGGAGCGCGCCGGAGAUUAAAUACAACUCCAUGAUCCUCAUCUGUGCAGUCAUGGGCUCCGAGCCCCUCCACAAAGAAGUCCAGAGCCGGGCGUUUAUCGACGUGGUGUCCAAGCUGCGCUCUCACGAAAACAAGACCGUGUCGCACCAGGCGUCGCUCACAGAGCAGCGGCUAACCGCCCAGAGCUAA